UUCACACUUUUUUAACUCUUUUGCUUCACUUGCCGCCUCUAUUCACGUUUUCUCUCGAUACCUCUGUCACGCUCUGUCUCUUUCGCUUCCAUAUCUAACCCAAUCUCAACCAGACAUUUUCUUCUUCUUCUUCUUCUUCUUCUUCUUCUUUCUUUUACUCUUCUUCUCCGAUCAUCGCAAACGCAAAACCAUGGUUCACAACGAUCACAUCAACAAGGAGAGAGACAUUGAGUUUCUGCUCGACGACAACGACGACGAUGCAGAACAGCAGCAGGACAUUGAAGCUGACAAGUACCAGAGUAGCAGUGAAGGAGACAGUGAUGUCGAGCCUCACUCUUUCUCUUCUCACCAAUGGCCUCAGAGUUACAAAGAGACAACGGAUUCUUACACAAUAGCUGCUGCUCCAAAUCUGGAAUCAGUUCUGCGAGGGCCGAGUUUUAUAUAUUCCAGUUUUGACAAUCGUUCAAAGAGUAGCUUAGACAUUGAUGGAAAAACACCUUUUCUAUCUUCUGAAGGCAUUAGUCAAUCAACUUGGUGGGAGAAAGCCUCAGUACAACGCCAUUUUACUGGAGAAUUGCCCAUAGGAUAUGGAUGCAGCUUCACUCAGACAGUUUUCAACAGCAUUAAUGUGAUGGCUGGAGUUGGGCUUCUAUCUACACCAUACACAGUGAAUCAAGCUGGGUGGAUGAGCAUUGCAGUGAUGCUUUUCUUUGCGGUUAUUUGCUGUUAUACAGCCACUCUUAUGAGACACUGCUUUGAAAGCAGAGAAGGAAUCACUACCUACCCAGAUAUAGGAGAAGCUGCAUUUGGAAGAUAUGGCCGUAUUAUUGUAUCAAUCAUUUUGUACAUUGAAUUAUAUUCAUAUUGUGUGGAGUUCAUAACCUUGGAAGGAGACAACCUCAGUCGUUUGUUUCCUGGUACUUCCUUAAAUCUGGGUAUUUUCCAGUUAGACACUAUGCACCUGUUUGGAGUUCUGACAGCACUUAUUAUUCUCCCAACUGUUUGGUUGAAGGAUCUUCGCCUAAUCUCUUAUCUAUCAGCUGGAGGAGUUGUUGCAACACUUUUGAUUAUUAUCUGUGUGCUUUUUGUUGGGACCACAGAAGGUGUUGGAUUCCAUCACACUGGUCAAUUGGUAAAGUUGAAUGGCAUUCCAUUUGCUCUUGGUGUCUAUGGAUUUUGCUUUGCAGGACAUUCGGUUUUCCCAAACAUUUAUCAGUCCAUGGCUGACAAGAAAAAGUUUACCAAAGCCCUCAUAACAUGUUUCUCUUUGUGUGUUUUGAUAUACGGAAGCGUUGCAAUCAUGGGAUUUCUCAUGUUUGGUGAUGGCACUUUGUCUCAGAUAACAUUGAAUAUGCCACCAGGUGCUAUUUCUUCCAAAGUUGCACUGUGGACAACGGUUAUUAACCCACUCACUAAAUAUGCUCUGUUGCUGAACCCACUGGCAAGGAGUUUAGAGGAGUUGCUGCCAGAGAGAAUUUCAACCACAUAUUGGUGUUUCAUUCUUCUUAGAACAGUCCUUGUUGCAUCUACAGUUUGUGUUGCUUUUCUGGUUCCCUUUUUUGGACUUGUGAUGGCUUUAAUUGGUUCUCUCUUUAGUUUACUUGUGUCAGCGAUAAUGCCAACUUUAUGUUUCCUGAAAAUUAUUGGGAAAAAAGCUACAAAGACACAGGUUGCCCUCAGUGUUGCAAUUGCGAUACUUGGAAUCAUUUGUGCACUGCUUGGAACAUAUUCCUCUGUGUUGAGUAUUGCAGACAGUUACUGAGACAUCAUAGUCUUUCUGCACUGAGUGGUUAUGAUUGAAGUGUUUACCCACUCACAAAUGUUUCUGAAUCCCACCUACAUCUAUUUGGAUUAUUGUGGGGACAAGUCAUUUUAGCUUUACAAUAGAUAUUAAAUUCGUGGGUUUGUUUUAAUUAUAUAUUUUUAUAUUUAUAGUUAAUAUUAUUUAAAAAAAUUGAUAAAAUUAUCAAAUUUUUAAAUAUUUAGAUGUAUAUAUUAAAUAUAAUUGCAUUGAAGUUAAGAGCA